GAGCCAUCUUUGGUAUUGGGCGUACACAGCAUCUCUUCCACGUUUGUCCUCGUGAUCCAUUGCCCUCCAGCUUUGACUUCUUUCUGAUUCCUUCAGGCAUUUUGCAUGAUUGGCAAUGGUUACAUGAACUUUUGGAAAGUGGUUUUUGUACCAUAUCCUUUAUUCACGAUGGAACUUUAGGAAGCAACACAGGAAAGAACUUCCAGAGCAUCAUUUUAAAAAAUGAAUCUUAUUGUGAAGCUUCGGCGAAGUUUUCGAACAUUGAUUGUUCUCCUAGCUACCUUCUGCUUGGUGAGCAUCGUCAUUUCUGCCUAUUUCCUGUAUUCUGGCUAUAAACAGGAACUGACCCUUAUUGAAACCACUGCAGAAACAGAAUGUACUGAUAUCAAAAUUCUGCCAUAUCGGUCAACGGAGCUAAAAACAGUUAAACCUAUUGAUACAUCCAAAACUGACCCCGUUGUCCUCCUGUUUGUGGAGAGCCAAUACUCUCAACUAGGUCAAGAUAUCAUCGCUAUCUUGGAGUCCAGUCGGUUUCAGUACCACAUGGUCAUUGCCCCGGGCAAGGGGGACAUCCCUCCGCUUACGGAUCGUGGCAAGGGGAAAUACACAUUAGUGAUUUAUGAAAAUAUCCUGAAGUAUGUCGGCAUGGACUCAUGGAACCGGGAGCUUCUGGAAAAAUACUGUGUGGAAUACAGUGUUAGUAUAAUUGGUUUUCAUAAAGCCAAUGAGAACAGCAUACCGAGUACACAAUUAAAAGGCUUUCCAUUGACCCUUUUCAACAAUCUAGCUCUGAGGGAUUGUUUGGUCAACCCUCACUCACCUUUGCUGCAUAUUACCAAAUCCCCUACUGUUGACAAAGGCCCUCUUCCUGGGGAAGACUGGACGAUUUUUCAGUAUAAUCAUUCCACCUACCAGCCUGUGCUAUUAACUGAAUUACAGGCAGAGAAAGCCCCUCCGUCUUUGUCCAGCAAAACCCUCUAUGCGACCGUGAUUCAGGAUCUGGGACUCCAUGAUGGAAUUCAGAGGGUUCUGUUUGGCAACAACUUGAACUUUUGGCUCCACAAGCUCAUCUUCCUAGAUUCCAUUUCGUUCUUGUCAGGGAAGAGAUUGAUACUGUCCUUGGACAGGUACAUUCUUGUGGACAUUGAUGACAUAUUUGUUGGAAAAGAGGGAACCCGGAUGAAUGUGCAAGAUGUGAAGGCAUUACUAGAGACUCAAAAUUUACUGCGCAAUCAGGUUGCAAAUUUUACCUUCAACCUUGGAUUUUCAGGGAAGUUUUACCACACAGGGACCGCGGAGGAGGAUGAAGGGGAUGACUGCCUCCUGGGGUCGGGGGACGCAUUCUGGUGGUUCCCUCACAUGUGGAGCCAUAUGCAGCCCCACCUCUUCCACAACGAGUCAGCCCUGGUGGAGCAGAUGAUGCUCAACAAGGAAUUUGCCCUGGAGCAUGGAAUCCCAAUCAACAUGGGCUAUGCAGUGGCACCACAUCACUCAGGGGUCUACCCAGUUCAUAUUCAACUUUAUGCAGCGUGGAAGAAGGUCUGGGAUAUUCAGGUCACCAGCACUGAAGAGUAUCCACAUUUGAAGCCUGCACGGUACAGAAAAGGAUUCAUUCACAAUAGCAUCAUGGUUCUCCCGCGGCAGACCUGUGGGUUGUUUACUCACACUAUUUUCUAUAAAGAGUACCCAGGAGGGCCCCAAGAACUGGAUAAAAGCAUCAGAGGAGGCGAACUUUUCCUCACCAUCCUUCUGAACCCAAUCAGCAUUUUCAUGACCCAUUUGUCAAACUAUGGAAAUGACCGCCUAGGAUUAUACACUUUUGUGAACUUGGCCAACUUCGUGCAGAGCUGGACCAAUCUGAGACUGAAGACCCUGCCGCCAGUGCAACUAGCUUACAAGUACUUUGAGCUCUUCCCAGAGCAGAAAGACCCUCUUUGGCAGAAUCCAUGCGAUGAUAAACGGCACAAAGACAUCUGGUCGAGAGAGAAAACUUGUGAGCACUUACCAAAAUUCCUUGUGAUAGGGCCACAAAAAACAGGAACAACUGCACUUUAUUUGUUUCUCCUUAUGCACCCUUCCAUCAUCAGUAAUCUACCUAGUCCGAAGACAUUUGAAGAAAUUCAGUUUUUUAAUGGGAACAACUAUCACAAGGGAAUUGACUGGUAUAUGGACUUUUUCCCUACUCCAUUCAACAUUACAAGUGACUUUCUGUUUGAGAAGAGUCACCAGCGAUCACAUGAAGAUCCAGCUGCCCUAAGGUUUAAUUUCUAUGACGUCAUUACAACAGGGCCCUGGGCCCCAUCUGACUUAAAAACUUUGCAGAGGAGAUGCCUGGAACCCGGGUUGUAUGCAGUCCACAUAGAACGAUGGCUAACUUAUUUUGCUACUUCUCAGUUGCUAAUUAUUGAUGGACAGCAGUUGAGAUCUGACCCAGCUACCGUGAUGGAUGAAGUCCAGAAGUUUCUGGGAGUUACACCUUAUUAUAAUUACUCUGAAGCACUAACGUUUGAUCCCCAAAAGGGUUUCUGGUGUCAACUACUGGAAGGAGGAAAAACCAAAUGCCUUGGAAGGAGCAAAGGCCGGAAAUAUCCUCCCAUGGAUCCAGAGUCUAGAACGUUCCUCUCUAAUUACUAUCGAGAUCAUAAUGUGGAGCUAUCCAAACUGCUGCAUAGACUGGGACAGCCUCUGCCAUCAUGGUUGAGACAGGAGCUGCAGAAAGUGAGAUAGCAUUGAAGAUAAGACCAAGGCUCUCAAGACACUUACUGCUCUAUUAAGUAGAAGAAGGAAAAACAGCCCCACAACUUAUAUCCCUUAAUGAACUUGUGAUUAUAUGCAGAGGACAGUGUGAAUAAAUGUCCUUCUAUCUUUUUCAUAAAAUGAAAACUGUUAUAUAAGCACGCAUUGGCAAUUACUCUCCAUCUCGGUGUGACCUUUGGGAAAUAAUAUGGGGUUUUGUGGCAUUAUCCAGUUUCUAAUGUGGAAACCAUAACACAAUCUAGUUCUUCUGUUAACCAGAAGGUUUCAGAAAAUCUAUGUAUGACUGGUAAGCCUCAUGAUAUGCAAGUGACCAAUCAAAAUCUUGAGAAUAAAGAUAGAAAUUGAGGUAACUGUAAAUGAGAUCGGUGGUAACCAAUAUCUGAAUCAAGGGCUAACAUUUUUGUCUUGCUAAUUUCAAAACAAUUUUGCUUUUAUUAUGAAAAAUUUCCCAUGCUUUUACAUUUUGAACAUUAUUAAUCAAAUUGUAGCCAACAUAUAUUUUCCUUUUUUGUUACUCAUCUUUAUGAACUUCAUUAACUUGCUAAAAAAGUUGUGAAAUUGUUAACCUCAGAUUUUUUGGUCUGUUUUUCUCUUGAAGGAGGCGACUAUUAAAAAGUCCAUCUUCCCAGAUACUGGUAUCUGAUCUGGCCAGGUUUACCGUUCUCAGUGAAUUUUACCUUAUGCUUCCAUCAAAUCUGUCACAAAAUUUUGGAAUCAAGAAAUGGCAAUGCAUGCUUUGCAUAAUAUUAUGAGAAUGUACAGGGCCAUCUUUAAAUGGAUUCAAUAUAUGAUUAUGAUAUUCAUCUACAUAUA